UUGGCAAAACCAUGUCAUAGGCAAUCACACGCACCCCUCUUACGCACGAUACAUACAUUAUACAUACAAGUAUAGAUUCAGUCUUUCACGGUCCGUCGCCCCAGAGUCUUUGCUCGAAAACCUCGCGUAGAUUUCCGAUCAAACGAUUUUCAAGAUGAGGCUUCCAGUUGCAGCAGUGAUUCUGAUGGUAAUAUUAGGAAGUUUUGGUGGGGCUUUUGGUAUUAGAUUUGUGAUAGAUAGAGAAGAGUGCUUCUCUCACAAGGUGGAGUACGGGAAUACUGUUCAUUUCUCAUUUGUGGUGAUUAAAUCCGAGGGGUCAUGGCAUUACAGUGAAGAUGGUGUAGACCUUGUGGUUAAGGGACCAAAUGCCGAACAGGUCCAUGACAUCCGAGACAAGACAAGUGAGAAGCACGAGUUUGUGGCUUUCCAGCAAGGAGUUUACCGGUUCUGUUUCACUAAUAAGUCCCCGUAUCAUGAAACCAUAGACUUUGAUGUACAUGCUGGCCAUUUCUUGUACCAUGACGAGCAUGCUAAAGACGAGCAUUUCAAACCUCUUUUUGAGCAUAUUGGGAAGCUAGAGGAAGCUUUGUACAAUAUUCAGUUCGAGCAGCAUUGGCUAGAGGCUCAAACUGAUCGUCAGGCUAUAGUGAAUGAGAAGAUGAGCAAAGGAGCGAUUCACAAAGCCUUACUCGAAUCAGCUGCUCUGGUUUUAGCCAGCGGUUUGCAAGUCUUCAUUUUGCAGCGUUUAUUUGAGAGAAAGCUUGGAGUAUCAAGAGUCUGAUCUUGUACUUUUAGUCUUUUACUAGUGUGCAAAAUUGUGGAAUUUUAAAGCUCAUUAACUUAUUCUCACAGUAUCACAUAUACUUAGCUACACCCUUUUUCGGAAUUAAUUAUUCUAAUGUAUUCUAAUUUUUGGUGGAACA